AAACAUUCUCUAUUUUAUUAUUUUUUACUGGUGACAAAAUAUUAUUGAGUGGACUUGUUCUUUCUUGAGUGGACUUGUUCUUUCUUGUGAAAAAAAUUACCUUUCAGAUUGAUUCCUACAUCAAAUGAAACAGCGGAUGUCAUGCAUGUAUCAUUUAAAAAUAGUUGAAUGUGAAAUCUUAUCAGUGUUGUUUUAAGAAGACCCAUCAUAAUCCAAGGUUUUGCUUAAUUCUUGGUGACAAUGGCUUUCUUUAGAAGACUAAGCACAGGUUCUGAAAGAGCCAUUUGACUUCACACACUGCAAAUAGCAGUUUAACAAACUUAAAACUAUAAUGAUUGUCAUAAAUAUCUGAAAUUGAUAAUUAUUUUGUUACAGUUUUUAGAUUAAAUGUAUUUUGGGGAAAUGUAAUGUCAAUUUUUAGGAUGUUGAGGCCUUGAAAAGUAGUCGAGGGAGUCCAUGAAUUUAUGGGAGGAAAGAGAGUACAGGAAAAGUUAAACAGUCAGUAUUUCAGGGGAGAAAAACAGACUACAUAAAAAUAAUAUGAUACUUGCCAUUACCAUCCUUUUCUUAGUGUAUUUGAUUUGUUUAUGAAUUUAAGAAAAAUGCUGGAAAUUUUAUAUUCAAACUCCUCAAACACUCAAAGCAAAAAGUAAAUAAAGUGUUUACUGUUAUGAUUACACAAUAUUUUAUAUACCUCUUGAUUUAAUUAUUUACUUCACAUAUUCCUAAAAUAAUCCUACUUUAAUAGCCUUUGUAAUAUUUGAGACAAGAUAAUUUUAAAAGGUUGACUGUUUAUUUUCUUAUAAUAGUGUAUUUAUUUAGAAAACCUUUGUGCUAUUGAUGGGAUUUCAUAUUCUGUAGAUAUGAUGCAGGUAGAUAACAUGUGAUAGAUGUUUUUAUUGCAGCUUGAUUUAUGUAGAGUCAUUUAAAUGCUUGUAAAAUGCAAAAGGACUUUAUACUUAUGCAUUGCUAAGAGGCAAGGAAACACGUUGGGUAACUGAGCUACUACUGUGUGUUCAACGCUGGUGUCUCUCCCUGUCUCCACUGGUUGGAUUGGUCAAUCAUGCCUAUAGCAAACCUAUCUUCUAUCAGUCAGGGACACUUCCGAAUUCCCUUACCAAGAGGACACAGAUUGGACCUUGUUUCUGUGAUGGAUGGCAACCUAUGAUAUCUGAUGAUAAAAGACUGAAAACCAAAACAGCCUAAAGUUGAUGAAUAACUUGUGAAGCAUCAUCCUGUGUGGCAUACAUUAGCUGGGCCAUAGAUAUUGUUAUUACUAAUGGAAUUCUGAAUCCUUUCUUCUUUAUUGGUUCUCUCGCAGAAGCAAGAAGACUGAAAGGUUACAAGGAGUCCAGUAGGGCUGAGCCAUGACUACAAACAGGGAUGACUGCUACUUUUUUUACUACUCCCAGUGCCCCAAGGGAGAUGAUUGCCCCUUCCGUCACGAACCUGCCGCUGUUGGCUGCGAGAUCACAUGUAAACUGUGGGAGCAAGGGAAAUGCUUCAAGAAAGGCUGCAACUUCAGGCACAUGGUGAUUGAGAGAGACACUCGGCAGAUUGCCUGCUACUGGGAAUCCACCUUAGGAAGAUGCACCAAACCUCAGUGCCAGUAUAUGCACCUGAAACCUCGCAAUCUGCCUGGUGGUGCUGGCCCCCCCAUAAGCAAAGGGGACUCUCGGAUGCAACCCCCUAACUCCCAGAGCCAAGCUCCAAGGGGACCUAUUCAGACCAUUGGCAGCAACACAAGAAUGGGGAACCCGCCACCAAACUACAGGCCCAUGCACCCUAAUGCCCCGCCCAGAAACAUGCCUCCUGUGCAGAUGCAGCAUCCACCAUUUUCUGGACCCCCUCCGGGGAUGCCAUAUAGCCAGGGUCCCUACAUGGCAAUGGCAAGGCCAAUGCAGUAUGGUGGAGGAAUGUCAUCCAUGAGGCCCAUGACUACUCAUCCUGCAAUGUAUACCAUGCAGCCGAACAAUGCUCGGAUGCUUCCUGCUGGCAUGCAGUUCCCCGGCAUGGGCGUGGCAUUUGGCCAGCAGAUGAUGGGAUCGGCACACAUGAUUGGCCAUAACAGAGGAUAUGUGAUACCUUCUUAUAGAGACUUUGAUAAUGAGGACGAUGAGUUUAGCUCUUCUGAUUUCUCAGAUGUUUCCCUGAGUGAUGAUGAUAGUGAUGAUGAUGAAUACAGAGAAAGACAGCUAAAAGAACGAUCUUCUCGGAGAAGAGUAGUCAAACCCAGCAGAGGAACACAGCGAAGAGAUGUGAGACAUAGUGAACGACACAAGCCCUCAUCCAAAACAUCUAAUGAAAAUUCUUCACCAUCAAAGAGACAAAGAAAGAAGAAGAAUGAAAAGCCUGAUGCAAGUGAUUCCAAAACCAAAAAAGACAGCUCAUCUGACAAAAAGUCUGAUAAUGAUGAAAGUGAAAAAACAGAGGAUAUCAAGAUUAAAUCCCUUGAGGAAAUUCUCAGAGAAAAGGCCCUGAAAAAGCUUUAUGAGAGAACAGCUGCAAAGAAAAAACAGCAACAGCAAGAAGGAACUAAAGCCAAAGAUGAUAAAGAUGCGGACAAUGAAGAAGAACCAUCGUCGCCAACACUUAAAAGUGUAGUUUCAAUGUCCACACCCAAAGCCGAGACAGAAGAGAUUGUAAAAUCCAGUGAGAACUCCAAAAAGGUGCCAAGUAGUGUUGUGGGGGUCGACAAAGGUAACAAGCCUGUGAGUACUUCACCAAAAAAAACUGUGCGUACUGUCAAGGAGGUGGAGGAUGAAAAGAACAGCCUGGAUGGAGAACCGAAAUUAGGUAUCACACGGACAGUAGAAAUUGUGGAAGAAGUGAAGCCAGAGCUAGUGGCAAAAGUUGCAACCCUAGCAGCGCCCAUAGUAGCUGAACCUAGUGUAAAGGUGAAGACAUUUGAGGAAAUAAUGGAAGAAAAAAGACUACGGAAAGCACAAAUUGGUGAUGCUGGAGGCAGCAAAAGUAAGCCAGUGAAAACUGUAGUCGGUAUUGAAUCACGUCUUGGCAAUAGAAAGUUGACCAAAUUAAAAAAGGGCAGUUCUCCAGUAAUUGGUGUAGCUUCAAGGCUUGGCAACAAGAAGGAAAUUGAUGCAAAUGGAGAAUUGACUGAUAAAGAACUUGCCAAAAUUGAAACUGCUAAACCCAUGACUAGUGCGUCAUUGAAGCUUGGUAAUAAACUCUUACAAAAAACCAUCAUGGCCAAUGCUGCUAAAGUAACUGGGAUAGCAUCUCGACUUGGUGGUAAAACAAAUCCAGUCUUGCAUACUACGAAAAAGACUAUUGAUAUGAAACCAUCAAAAACCCGAAAAAUCCGGGUAGUAUCCAAGAACAUUCAAUCAGAAACUAGCAGUGUGGCUUCAGAUGAUGGAACCGAACCUUCUUCACAAAUUGAUACUAAACAGAGCCUGUUGCAAAAGAAGACUGUAACAGUUUCCACUACAAGUACUGGUCUCAAAAAAGCUGCUGAGGAUGAAGAGAAGCCUGUAUUGGAGGCAGUGAAAUCUGGGGUAAAGGUUAAAUCAUUCGAGGAAAUAAUGCGUGAAAAGAAGGAGCGAAGACAACAACAAACAACAGCAAAGAGUGAUGAUAUGACAGAAAAAAAGUCAAUUGGAAUAAAACUCCAAAGAAACCCAUCUCCUAUCACAGUGAAUCCAAGGCCUCUAAACAGACGGAAAUUAAAGCGUAAAGCUGUGGGCAUCUCAAGAAUAAAUACUGAAGAUGACUCUUCAAAAACUGCCACAUACUCCAGAUUACCUGAAGCCAGUAGUGACAACUCUAGACCAGAAUCGCCUGCUGAGUCAUCCAAGUCUCCAACAUCGCCAUUGUCCUUACAGGGAUCCGAGGCUGCGCUGACAUCACCUGUACCACAACAGUCUGAACUGUCAACAACCUCACCCAUGUCAUCCACGUCACCCCACAGCUCAGAUCUGGUAUCCCCUCUCGACAGUGCCGACAGGUUCACAUUCAUUCAAGAAAAACUGGCCGAAUCAAAGGCAGCUCUACUGUCAAAUUUGCCCAAAGAGUCUGGACCAUCAACUGAUUCAAGCAUAUCACAGCACAGCACAGAUCUAGUAUCCACGUUAGAGAGUGGAGACAGCUCCACAUUCGCUCAAGACAAGCCUGCUGAUGUAGUAGAGCCACAGUUGAUUGCAGACAAAGAUAACAGCUCCUUAUUAACUCAAGAGAAACCUGCUGAGUUUAUGGAACCACCAAUCAUUGCAGAGGAAGACUUGCCCCCAGAUGACGGGGAUUACAGCUGGAGUAGUGACCCUAUAAGAGAAGAGAAACCAGCAGAACGUAGCACUGAACAUGGCUUGAUGGGCAAGGAGAGGUCAUUCAACCAGCAAAUACCAGUCGUCAUGGAAAACAAUACUUUUGAACCAAGUAUGGAAGAAGAGAAAGCAGCAAGUGAAGAACAAGAAGAUGAUGAAGUGAGUGAUACCCUUAAAGAUGUUCAGGACGAAGAGGAUGAUGACGGGGACGAAGAUGAGGAGAGCGAAAGUCCCGCUAAGCGUGCCAGGACUACGCCCCCAACAUACGAGGACAUAGAGAGGGCUGUUGAUGAAGAAGCUGGAAAGGACGAUUUUGAUCUUGACUUAGAUGAAGCGAUUGCUAACCUAUCUCCUGGAUCAUCCGAACACUUGGAUGAAGCCGUAAACGAGGAUGACUUACUGCUCGAACUGGAAGAAAUGAUUAACGAAUAGAGAGUUAAUAAACCCACGGCCGAGUGAAGUGCUAGAUAGACCAGGAGCAGCACAGUAACAGUUUAUUGAAGCAAUAACCAUAUUACAGAAACCAGCAUAUGAUGAUCAUACCAGCCAUUCGCAGUGUCUGUGCGAGGACAUAGCAUGUUGCUACUGAUGCUUAUGUUUAUCGUGUAAAAGUGUGAGUGCACUCAACUCAUUGUAUCAAGCUGUUUUCGAAUUUUCAAACGUUUAUUCCCUGAUGUGAGAGAUUGUAUUUUUGAAAAAUAUUACGUAUUAGCUGUCAUAUAUCCCAGUGUGAUGUUUAGGCCAGUGCUGCCGAGCCCCACAAAAAAAUAUCACUUCUAUAUCAGAUUUGUAAAUACCGUAAAAAUCACAGACGUUACCUAUGUUUUCUUAAUAACACACGCCGAAUUUCACGAGAAUCAUUGUCAAGAAGGAGGUUAAGCUCAUCGUUUAUUUACUAUGAUUUGUAAAAUAAAAUGACAAUAAACCUA